AUGUUUUACUCACUGAAUAUACUCAAGAGAAAGAAUGCGCAAUUUUAUCUCAUCUGGUAAGAUAAAGUCGGAAAAAUGUUAUGUAAUCUUGCAGGAAAUUGGCGCACAAUGGUAAUGUAAGCAAAAAGGAAGUGGAAAAUGUGGAUAUCGAGAAGUACUGGUCAGUUUUGAACAUCGUGGAUAAUAUAAAAGUUCCAAGAGUAAUAUAAUUUGUGUUUUAGUCAGGAUCUGAGAAGCUACAUUCCGACGGGAAGCUCCAAAGAUGUUCGCAAUGAAGUGAAAACGAAGAUGUCUCUCUAUCUUUUGUCCAUUUUAUACUAUGGAAUUGUAGUUACCCAUCACAAGAAGGUCGAGGCUUUUCUCAGCAAACUGGAGCAUUUUUUGGAUUCGCUGAAGCCGCAGAUUGUUGUACAGAUCAAGAAGCAAGUCCUGGUUGUUUAAUGGUUUUAUUGAACAAUUUUAGACGUCCUCCGCUUCUUGAGGAACAAGAGGAAACUCGGCCAAAGAAGCGUCGCAGACAUCUGCAGAUGCUCGAAUUUGAAGGCGAUCCUUUGUCGAUUCUCACUCAUGAUGAAUAUCGGGAACUCAAUCGACAGGUAACUUUUAUUUCCAAUUAUUUAUUUUAUUUUAGAUUACUCUUCCCGAUGACAUUCAUGAUCGACCUCUGGAUGCCGAAGAGUUUAUGCAAGAGUUGAUGUAAGUGCACCUUUAGUCUAGUCACUUUCUUUUUUUAGACGCGACAUGUAUCAAGAUCCUCAACAAAAUUUGGAUUCUUUGCUUCCUGAAGUUCCUCCGUUUGUCCAAGAGGAAAUUAUUCAAGAACAUGAAAUGCAGUUUCCUCAGGAAAGGGAGAGAAGUUACGAUGGCGAAGUGAAGUAAGCAUUUCCUUAUUGUUCCUUAUUUUUUAGGUAUAAUUCUUUGAUGGACUUUGAAAUGCCGACCUAUCAAGAAGCUCGUGAUUGGAAUAAUUUUUUGGACACUGUGAAUCAGGUUGGUGUCUUGUAUUCCUCCUAUUAAUCAAUGAGUUCGUUCAGCCAUCACUUUUCGAAUUAGAUGCAGGUCCGUUGCGCACGGAGAACUCGGUUGAUAUCUCCAUCGAUGGGAAUUACGAGUUUUUGGAGUCGAGUAAUCGAAUUGUUUUGCCUCAAAUCGAGACGGCUCCACGAAAUACGACUGGUCGAAGAAAUCCACCAGCCCGCAGACCCAGAAGACAUGCCAGAAUUAUUUAUGACGAGAAAACUUCCCUGGACGACGUAGGAUCUUAUUUUAGGUAUCUAUUGUUUGAAUUUUUAGGACGAGAUCGCCAAUGGACUUCAAGACUUUUUUGAUUGCAUUGAACCUUUGAAAAGACCCUCAAAGGCUGUCAAAAGUGGCGUUCCUCGGCUUUUCCAAAUGACCAGCAAUCUUCCGGAAUGUAAGUUUUAUAUAGUUUAUUUUAUAAAAAUUUUAGAUGUUCUCGACAAAUAUGAAGAGGUUUUGGAUCGCGCUGAACUUGGAGAGCUUCGUCAACUGCUGAAUGAUAUUUCACGGCUUUCAACUCCCGUUAAUGGAAGACUAUCUCCAAAAGAAGAGCGAAAUAUCCCAGAAGAGCCGAUCCCUGAAGUCCAGCAUGAAAUGGGAAUGCAAUUUCCAGCAGAAGAACAAGUACAUCCAUAUGAAAAUGUUGAGAACGUUCCACCUCAAGAUGAGCUUCAAAUUCAAAUGGAAAACCUUGAUGAAAUUGAAGAGCGCCGUCGAUCUUCAAUCGGCCCGUCGUUUUAUCAUCGCUCAAGUGAAUUAGAACAACCUCAGUUGGAUGUAAUUGAUGAGUCCAGAUUGAAUGAUGAGAAUAUUCCUCCUGGACAUCCAGCAAUUGUUCAAGGAGAGAAGACUCUGACUCGUCAGCAAACCAUUUUUGAGUCUCCUACUCAAGAAAGAGCUCGCGAAGAACGCAACAUCCACCUCAAUUCGCCAUCGGAGACUAGAUUUGAUCUCCAUCGGUAAGAUUUUUAAAAUUUGCCCAAAGAAUGUACCUUUUUUAUGGAAAAUGAUAUUAUUUUCAGUCGAAUUUAUGAAAAGGCCCAUUCCCAACCAGUUGUUCAUCUCGACGAAGUGUUCACUGACCCUCAAUCCACCCGUGAAAAGGCCAGGGAUUUUUCUAAUUUGUUAUGUAAGUCAUUUUUAUCUGUAAUAUUGGAAUUUUUUAAUCUUAGGGCUUUUGAAAGAGCAGAAACUUGAAUCCGAACAAGAUGAGCCCUACGGUCGAAUCAAAUUGAUGUCCGUUAAAGAGCCGGAGGCAGUCUAA